CGCUGUCGAAAUCGGGUGAAGUUGAAGGAGCUUACGGUGAAUGUAACCUUCCGCGCUGAGUAGAAGUGCUGAGGCUCGGGCCGCCGCCAUUUUGAAUGUCUGGUCCCUUCCUUACUCCGUCGCGCAUAGAGAGAAGAUUCCGGCUGUUUUCUGGUGUCGUUACGGCUGAGGAUGCCAGCUCCGAUCAGACUUCGGGAGCUGAUCCGGACCAUCCGGACUGCUCGGACCCAGGCCGAGGAGCGUGAGAUGAUCCAGAAAGAAUGCGCAGCUAUCCGAUCAUCGUUCAGAGAAGAAGAUAACACUUACCGCUGUAGAAAUGUGGCAAAGCUGCUGUACAUGCACAUGUUGGGUUAUCCGGCACAUUUCGGGCAGCUGGAAUGUCUGAAGCUGAUUGCGUCACAGAAGUUCACUGACAAGAGAAUAGGGUACCUGGGGGCCAUGCUGCUGUUGGACGAGAGGCAGGAUGUCCAUUUACUGAUGACAAACUGCAUUAAGAAUGAUCUAAAUCACAGUACACAGUAUGUCCAGGGGCUGGCCUUGUGCACCCUCGGCUGCAUGGGGUCGUCAGAAAUGUGUCGCGAUCUGGCCGGGGAAGUGGAAAAGCUUCUCAAAACGUCAAAUUCCUAUUUGAGGAAAAAGGCAGCACUGUGUGCAGUUCACGUCAUUCGGAAGGUUCCAGAGCUGAUGGAGAUGUUUCUGCCAGCGACAAAAAACCUGCUGAGUGAGAAGAAUCAUGGGGUUCUCCACACGUCUGUCGUUUUACUUACUGAAAUGUGUGAACGAAGUCCCGACAUGCUCACUCACUUCAGAAAGAAUGAAAAGCUGGUUCCUCAACUGGUGCGAAUCCUAAAGAACCUGAUCAUGUCUGGAUACUCUCCUGAGCACGACGUGUCUGGUAUCAGCGAUCCCUUCCUGCAGGUUCGAAUAUUGAGGCUCCUGAGAAUCCUGGGAAAGGGUGAUGAUGACUCGAGUGAAGCUAUGAAUGACAUUCUUGCACAGGUUGCAACAAACACAGAGACAAGUAAAAAUGUAGGCAAUGCAAUCUUGUACGAAACUGUUCUGACUAUUAUGGACAUCAAAUCAGAAAGUGGAUUAAGGGUAUUAGCUAUUAAUAUCCUUGGACGUUUUCUUCUGAACAAUGACAAAAACAUCAGAUAUGUGGCACUGACGUCUUUACUGAAAACAGUACAGACUGACCACAAUGCGGUUCAAAGGCAUCGGAGUACCAUUGUGGACUGUCUGAAAGACCUGGAUGUCUCCAUUAAAAGACGUGCGAUGGAGCUAAGUUUUGCCCUGGUCAAUGGAAAUAACAUCCGUGGGAUGAUGAAGGAGCUGCUGUAUUUUCUGGACUCCUGUGACCCGGAGUUCAAAGCCGACUGCGCGUCGGGGGUUUUCUUGGCUGCUGAGAAGUAUGCACCUUCCAAAAGAUGGCACAUAGACACCAUAAUGAGGGUGUUAACAACGGCGGGGAGUUACGUUCGAGACGACUCGGUCCCAAAUCUCAUUCAGCUCAUAACCAACAGUGUAGAGAUGCAUGCUUACACUGUGCAGAGACUCUACAAAGCCCUGCUGGAUGACAUCUCUCAGCAACCGCUGGUACAGGUGGCAUCCUGGUGCAUAGGAGAGUAUGGGGACCUAUUGGUGUCAGGCCAGUGUGAGGAGGAGGAGCCCAUUCAAGUUACAGAGGAUGAGGUCUUGGAUGUUUUGGAAGGUCUUCUUGUCUCCAACUUGUCCGCCCCUGUGACUCGAGGUUACUCACUGACCGCCAUCAUGAAGCUGUCCACUCGUUUCAGUGGUGUGAAUCGAAUAAAGAAAGUGGUGUCUAUAUACGGGAGCAGCAUAGACGUGGAGUUACAACAGAGAGCUGUGGAGUACAAUGCACUUUUUAAGAAAUACGAUCACAUGAGGCCGGCCUUAUUAGAGCGAAUGCCCAUUAUGGAGAAAGCGGCCACUAACGGCCCCACUGAGAUUGUACAGACCAAUGGUGAGACUGAACCUUCUGCACUGGACUCGAAACACCCACCGACCAUCGCUCAGACAAAUCAGGCAAAUGAUUUGUUGGACUUGCUCGGAGGUAACGACAUCCCGGUAAUCCAAACAACUCUGCCCACCAAACCUGCCUCAGCUGGCGGAGAGCUGCUCGAUCUACUUGGGGAUCUCUCUCUUUCUGGUGGUCCAACCCCUGCUCCUGCCCCUUCUGUGCCCAUAUCCCAGGCCCAGUUCCUUCUGGACGGUCUCUCCUCACAGCCACUCUUUAACGACACAGUAGCAGCUAUUCCGCCAAUGAUCGCGUACAACAAGAACGGCUUGAAAAUAGAGUUCACCUUUGAGAGGUCCAACCCGAACCCUAACAUUUCAGUCAUCACCAUCCACGCCUCCAACUCUACUGAGUCAGACAUGGCCGACUUCGUGUUCCAGGCUGCAGUACCAAAGACCUUCCAGCUGCAGCUCCUCUCUCCCAGCAGUAACAUAAUCCCAGCACUUAACCAGGGAAGCGUCACACAAGUCAUCAGGGUUCUUAACCCACAGAAGCAACAGCUGCGAAUGCGCAUCAAGCUGACGUACAGCUACAAAGGCUCUCCCGUUCAAGACAUGGCUGAGGUCAACAACUUUCCCCCUCAAUCCUGGCAAUGAUCGUGCAUUUCACUCGAUCAGUAACACCCGCCACACACACAAACAUACACACAUACACUGAUGCACAGAAAUCAAGCAAGGGAACUGUGAGCGAGGGCGUGCCCUUCCUCAUCCCUGACUGGCCCCUGUGACAUAACUGCACAUCGCUGCCCUGGGGUUGCAUGGGAAAUAGGAAUCUUCCCAACACAUUCGCGCACACGAACAUACAAGAUGGUCUGAAAUCAUAAUUAUGAUGACAAUGAUAAACCCUGUCCCUUUUUGUUGUGUUUUUAUCUGUUGUUUUCUGUCUUUUUGCUUCGAAAUUAGUAUCACUUCUGUUACUGACUCAUGCACAAGUACUGUCACACACCCACAAACACACAAACCCUAAGCAGGCUCCGAUCCUCUUUCUGUGUGUACAUAAAAUAUGCCACUCGAUCACUCUGGAGAAGCACUCAUUGUAAUAGGUUUGAUUUUGAUGAUUUUAAUGUUAAUAGCUUUCAAUUUUAAUUGAAAGUUUAACAAAAGUCUAGUUGAAUUGAUUCGCACUGGCAUUUCAGAGUCAGUUUCUACAAUGGAGGCAUUUUCAUAAAGGACAGUAAAGCUGGUGACAUGAGCAUUUGAUUAGUCAGCUUUAUUUUUUAAGUAGCACACAAUCCGUUCUACACUCUCUGGCAGAAUUCUGGUGCAGAUUUAAAGUUUUCUGUAAAUGCUUCACAACUCACUAUAAUAAAUGUAUGGAUAUAAUUAAAGCGAUAGAUUUGAGUGCGAGAUGAUGGAAGGAAGGGAAGGUAGUUGUAUUUGCCCUGCGUUCACACUAACUCAUAAUGAAGCAUUUGUGUGUAUGCAUGCAUGACGCGGAGGAGCGAUUUCAUCCAUGAGUUCUAUGCAAAUUAGGAAUGACCUCAUUGUGGCUAACUCGAACGAUUGGCUCAAAUUGUUUCUUGGAACAAUCUGACAACAUGGUCCAGCGUUCCUUCACAACUUUACAGUUUAACGUGCAAAAACAGCAUGCAUCAUAUUUCAUCGUGUCCUGUCACAUAUGACUGCUCCUUAAAUGAGUGUAGACACGUUAAAAGGAAUAUAAAGCUUGAAGGAAGUAGCCGAUAUCAUUGGAUCCUCGGGCAAGUGUACGUAGUUAGUACAAAUAGCUAGCAUUGCUAAUCUAAUCUGACAGUGAGGCCAGUAUGGAGCCAAGCAUUUAAAUUAAUUGCAAAAAAUAAUAAUUUUACACUGAUUUUCAGUUGUGUUCAGCUUUAGAUGUUUUUAUAACUACUUCCAUUUCUUCUAAAAAAAAAAAAACAAAAACAAAAAAAACAACCAGGCCAUGCCCACAAGUAAAAAAUAUGAGACAUUUUGCCUGUUAGUGUGAACGUAGGUUUGAGAAGAUAAGUUCUUUCACAGCUUCACAUUAGAUAGUUGUUCUUGUUUUUUUGGCAAAGUCGAAGUUCGACACGACUCUUAAUAUUUUAAGUUUUUUUUGUUUGACUUCUGAUGUCCUUGUCCAAAAGUCGGUGUUAAACGUCAGUGCAAUUUAUAGACGAGUUAAAAAAAUACACUGGUCCAUCAUGAAUGUAGUUAUAUGCACUGAACUCAUUUUUGUUUUUUUGUUUUUUUGAGGUGGUUUUGAAGUAGGGGGUACAAUAAAACCCUGUCGCCUGACUUUAAAGCGUUGUGCCUUUUUGCCAUAAUGGUUAAAGCUGAAACGAUUGAUUGGCUGCUUUCUAUAGAUCGGAUCCAGGAUGUAAUGUAGGUGUGUAGUUCUGCGUGUUGAGGUGUGAGCUUUCCCCUGUUUUUCCUCAUUUUCAGAUGAAUUUUGGAAGCAGUAACUGAAAUACCUCGUGUUUGUUUUUUUUUUUGUUUGUUUGUUUUUUGGGGGGGUUUGCAUCAAAAUAGUAUAUCAAAGCAUCUUUUAGGUGGGAAAAGAAAACAAACCCGUCCCUACAAACACCUUUCAGUCUUCGCUUACACACAGUGACCAGAUAGAUUUUUACAAAUUUUUUUUUUUUAGUUUGGUGACCAAAUCAGAGCUGUAACUUAUGUAUAUGGUGACAAAAAAAAAGAGUCUGCAUUCUGUUACUUGAUUUUUUUCCUUUCUUCCUUGUCUUGGGGCUUUUUUUCUGUACAUAUUGAGGGCUUUUAAGAUGCAUCUAUCCUUUUCACCUAUUGCUUUUCUUUUUAAACAUAUUGACCCUUUUCUAAUCUAAACAGUAGUCGGUCUAGAUUAAUCACUUCCCUGUUUAAUUGUUUAUUCAGAAAAAAUGUAUUAUCUGCUGCCUGUAUAUUGUAUAUAACUGUAAAAGAUGACUGGGGGCAAAAAAAAUCAAAUAAAUUCCAAUUUGAAGACCUGUGAA